AAAAAAAAAAAAAAAAAAAUCCAAAUCAUUUCGCUGCCUCUCUCUCUCUCUCUUUCUCUCUCUCUCUCUUUCUCUCACACACACACUCUCUCUCUUACUCUCUCUACUUUCACUCCCUCACUCAGUCGGUUCACUUCAGUGAGCAGCAACGGAGCACAGCAGCUCUCCAGCACCCAGCAGCACACAGAAUGCAAGGAAUCUGCCUCUCUUUAGUAAAGCAGAAGCUCCAGUAAGAGCAGCAGGAGCAGCUUGGAAAAGAAGAAACAGAAGUGAAAAGAGGACAGAGUGAAGAGAGGAAACUAAAAAAAGAGGAAGAAUUUUAGGAGCUGGAGAGUCCAGCUGUGUCCUGUUUGCCCCAUUUAGGGUGCUUAGGGUCUCAGUGCUGUGUGAGUGAUGGGGCGGCUGAGGCAGCUGCUGCUAUGCCUGUGCACGCUGCUGUGGCUCAGCAUGCCAAGCGGCGUGAUGCCAGCUGUCCCCCUUGAGGACUUUUACCCAUUUGGACACGAACAGGGUGACUCUCAGACCAUCACACAGGAUGAUGGAGGAUCUGGACUGGUGGAGAUCUCAGUGGCAUUCCCUUUCUUUGGAGAUCGGCACACUGGGCUCUAUGUCAACAACAAUGGCCUUGUGUCUUUUCUAAAGGAAGUGUCCCAAUUCACACCAGUGGCCUUCCCCAUCUCUGGUGACCGCAGGGUAGUAGCUCCAUUCUGGGCUGAUGUAGACAACCGACAAGCUGGGAUAGUGUUUUACAGAGAGAGCAAAGAUCCUGCUAUGCUGAAGAGAGCUACAGAAGACAUCCACUACUAUUUCCCAGAAUUCCCCACAUUCACAGCAACAUGGGUCCUCAUCGCUACUUGGCAUAAUGUCACUUUUUUUGGUGGGAGCCCGGUUACUCCGGUGAACACAUUUCAAGUAGUGCUGAUUACAGACGGUGAGCUCUCCUUCACCAUCUUCCAGUACCACAAUGUCACAUGGACCACAGGAAUGCAUGCGAGCAGUGGGGGAGAUCGCUCAGGCCUGGGGGGCAUCGCUGCGCAGGCAGGUUUUAAUGCUGGCGACGGGAGGCGCUAUUUCAACAUCCCGGGGUCUCGGACUGAUGAUGUAGUAGAGGUGGAGACCACCACAAACGUGGGGUAUCCAGGGCGCUGGGUGUUUCGCAUUGAUGAUGCUCAGGUGGAGGUGGGCAGCUGCAAUGACUCAGCGUCAGUCUGUCCACACCUGAGGCCCUGUCUGAAUGGCGGCCGUUGCAUUGAUGACUGCAUCACUGGAAAUCCUUCUUUCACUUGCUCAUGCCUGGCUGGUUUCACUGGCCGUAGGUGCCAGAUAGAUAUUGACGAGUGCUCCUCAUAUCCCUGUCAGAACGGAGGCACGUGUACGGAUGGAGUGAACAGCUUUACCUGCCACUGUCCACCAGGAUUCACAGGACCCCUCUGUGAAACAGACAUUGACGAGUGCCAGGAGAAUCCAUGCCUCAAUGGAGCGCGAUGCAUCGAGGGCGAGGGGAGCUUCACCUGCCAAUGCCAGGCAGGUUACACCGGAUCUGUGUGUGAGACAGACAUUAAUGAGUGCGAGUCCAUGCCAUGUGUAAACGGAGGUGUGUGUGAGGACAAGGUGAAUAAUUACACAUGCACCUGUACUGCAAACUUCACCGGAAGCCAAUGUGAGACAGAAUUAGUAAUCAUGACCAAUUCCACCAGUACUGAAACUGCUAAUCAGACAACUUCCUGUGAGCAAGAAGGCUGCAAGAACUGCGAGUACAUCAGUUCUGGAAACUACAACUGCACCUGCAAGCCAGGCUACUAUGGAGACCACUGCGAAGAAGAGUGUCUCUGCCAGAAUGGAGGUGUUUGCAUUGAUGCAAAUGGCACCUGUGAAUGUCCAACGGGUUUCACUGGACUCUACUGUCAGUUUGAGGUCACACAGACACCAUGCAGUAACAGCAGGCCGUGUCCAGAUGGGGGUCCAUGUUUGGAAUAUGGGGGCACAUACCUUUGCACGUGCCAAACCGGCAUUGACUUUGAGCAUGAUCACAAGGACUUCUACCCUUAUGUACAGCCCCAAUCGGCCUGUGAUUCUUCACCAUGUCAAAAUGGAGGUUACUGCUAUGAGCAGGAUGGAGGCUACACCUGCGAGUGUGAGCACGGCUACAGGGGGGAAAACUGUGAAAAAGUCAGAUUAAGUAUGUGUGCCUCUAGCCCCUGCCGAAAUGGCGGGUCCUGUAAAGAAGAGUCAGGGAGCUACUACUGUGUGUGUCCUUACCGGUUUACAGGAAAACACUGUGAAGUGGGGAAACCAGACCCGUGUGCCUCUGGCCCGUGCAUGAAUGGAGGAACGUGUUUCCAUUACAUCGGCAAAUACAAGUGUGAGUGUCCUGGAUCCUUCAUGGGAAGACACUGUGAGAUCAGCAAAGGAGCCAGUCCGGCUUUGGACGGAAAUGAUUGUGGUCCCCCUCCUAAGGUGAAGCAUGCUGAGGUACAGUUCUCUUCCACCAGCCCUGGCUCCUUGGCUCUGUAUACAUGCCACCCAGGUUACACUCCCAACCCCAGAGCCACACAGAGCAUCUGCAGCAGCCAUGGUUCCUGGAGUCAACCUCCGGUCUGUGACGAAAUAAACGAGUGCUUGUCUCAGCCGUGUAUGAAUGGAGGCACGUGUCGAGACCGAGUGGCCUCCUUCCUGUGUGAGUGUGAGUCUGGAUAUACUGGCCAACGCUGUCAGACAGAGCAGGAUGGAUGCGAGUCAAAUCCCUGCCAGAAUGGAGGUGUGUGUCGAGGCUACAGGAGGAGGCAUCUGUGUGUGUGUAAAGAGGGCUACACUGGGGAUCGCUGCCAGACUUUGGAAAACCCGUGUGUAUUACAGCCGUGUGGGAACCGAGGCUUCUGUCGCAGUGACAGGAGAGGAAAUUACAGCUGUGCCUGCAGGGUGGGACACACAGGCCGUGACUGUGAGAGAGAUCUCCUGCCUCCAUCUGGCUUGCACGUGCUGAGAGUUGAGGAAAGCGAGGUGGAGCUACAAUGGGAUCAAGCUGACACCAAUCAGAACCUGAUCAGUGGUUUUGCCAUCACUUACGCUCCGAUUGGGCGUAGCCCACGAAAAACAGACUUUCUGGAGAGGCAGCAUUCAACCUAUGUGCUACAGGGCCUGAGUCCAGGACAGCUUUACAACAUCUCCACCUACUCAAUCAAACGCAAUUCCAACAGCAACGAUAUCAGCCAGCCUGCGAUUGCCCUCAUACGCACAAGGCCUCGGAAGGUGGAUCAGCUGCAGGUGGUGAAUGUGUCCUCGUCCCAGGUGUGGCUACAGUGGCUAGUGCAGGCAGGCCGGCAUGCCGCUGUCAACCUGGUGCGGGUUUCUCUGGUGCCCUCGGAUGGGAGUGGCACUCGCACUGCUGUCCUGAACACCAGUGUUACAGAAUACAGCUUCAGUUCUCUUCUUCCAGGUCAGAUGUACACUGUAGAUGUGCUGACACAGAGUGGACUUCGUCCUGAGGACCUGCCUUCCACCAGCCACUCUUCUGGACCCCUGCACCUCUGGACAAAACCAUUGCCUCCCCAGAACCUCUCACUAUCCCACGUGAGCUCCAGCACUGCACGUGUCACAUGGGACCGGCAUCCAAGGAGCAUCCCUGAUGGCUUUGUGGUGAAUGUGACACAUGGCCUAACCACUCGGAGCCGCUAUCUGCCUGAUGGAACUCUGAGCAUGUACACCAUACGAGAAUUGAGCCCGGGGCAGCACUAUCGGCUUGCCCUGACUGCUGUGCGCAACACAGGCCACGAGCAGAUCCACAGUGUGGCCCAGCACUUAGCCUUCACUACACUACCUCUGGAGGAGCCGCAGAAGAAAGCUGAGAGAGCUCAGGGAGGUCGGGACACGUCUAGCAGGCGAACUCAGACUCGCACUAAACUACAACAUCAAGGCUCUGAUAAAGACAGGGAACAUUCUGAAGAACUGCCCAGAUACACAGAGCUGAUAGAUGGUCGGGGGAGGAUAACAGCCAAAUUCACCAACUCACAGCGCAAAGUCAUUCGCCAUCGCACAAAACCUGAACCUCCAAUCAAAUUAGAGAGAAUGGAGGAAACAACCAACAAAAUCAGUCUGGCUCUGGAGAUCCCUGAAGAAGUGACAAAGAGGAAAAGUGAGUCUCAGCGUGACUGCAGAACUCAGCCGUGUCAGAAUGGAGGGACUUGCAUACAGAGUGAAGACACUUUCAGCUGUGAAUGUCCAACGAGCUUUAAGGGCAGACAGUGUGAACUGUAUUGUCAACGAGUAAAACAUCCGUGUACCCGCCUCUACUCUGAAACAAAGAGCGUGCCUGUAUGGGAGGAUGGAGUCUGCCAUUAUCUAUAUAAAAGAACAUAUAAAGUACAACAGGACAUUUGUUUUAGAGAGAUCUGUGAACCUGUGCUCAAUAAGAAAAAUCCCAACCGCAGAACGCAAAGGCAGCAAUAAAGGAAGCUGUAGUAACUUGGUGAAGCACAAACCCCUCUUCAUACAAAACGCGACAGUUUUAUGGACAAGUUUUUUCCACCUCUCAUUCUGUAGAUUACCAUGUAUCAUACAUUCUGGCAGUUACCCUGCAUCAAUAGCAUACCUCAACUGGAAUGGAUUUGUAAUGUUGACACUAAGUGGCUACGUAGUCCCUCAGGGAAUUUUUCUUUAAACGCUGACCCCAUUGCAUCUCCCUUCAGCAACUACAUCUUAUACAGCCUUAGAACUGGUACUCUUCAAAAUCUUUUUUCCUCGCUCACUCAACAAGAGCACAAACAAUUAAUGGAAGCAUCUCACAUGUCUCUGUGUUUGUAUAAAUCCAGCUUCUCUGCUAGCUAUCCUGUAAAUAGUGUUUAUAGGUGUGUUUUGUAGGUGAAUAUUUUAAUAAUAAAAUUAUUAAAAUUG